CACAGGCGGAGGUGAGCGCGGUCACGUGACCGCUGGUUGCCGCUGGUGAGUUUCUUCCAUGAUGGCGGAGCUGCCAGUCGCGCGGAUGGACUGUCUCUCCCGGUCGGAUGCUUGUCUCGUGUCUUGAGGGAGAGCGCUUUGUUUUUUUUAGCAGUUUUCUUUCCGGACGCCAGCCUCCGCUUCCCCCUCGACCGCACCGCACUCGUGUUCCUCGGCCGAAGUCAUGGCAGACCGCGGCGUGGAUCUGUCCGCCCUGCCGAAGGAGGUGAGGGACCAGUUGGCGGAGUUGGACCUGGAGCUGUCUGAAGGUGACAUCACGCAGAAGGGCUAUGAGAAGAAGAGAGCCAAGCUGCUGGCCUCCUGCAUCCCCCACUUGUCAAAUGUGGAUCUGUCUCUUCCAGAUGUCCAGCUUUCCCCAGGCCACAGUGCUGACCCCAGCCCGAGUCCUGAGGCCCCGGGCCCCUCAACCUCUUCAGCUGCCAGACACCACCGUGCACAUCGCAGUGGAGGGGCCAGAGAUGAUCGCUACAGAUCAGACAUCCACACAGAGGCUGUGCAAGCAGCACUGGCCAAACACAAAGAAGAGAAGAUGGCGCUGCCCAUGCCAACCAAGAGACGCUCAGCCUUUGUCCAGUCUCCCAUAGAUACCUGCACACCUCCAGACACAUCUUCUGCAUCAGAGGAUGAGGGCUCAUUGCGCAGGAAGGCAGCUCUCAGUGCAGUGCUGGCCCAGAGCCUGCAGAGCCCUGACUACUGGAUCAACCGUUCCGUCCAAAGCUCCUCCACUUCCUCGUCCGCCUCCUCCACCCUCUCCCAUGGAGAGCCCAAGACCCAACCACAGCCCCAGCCUCAACCUGCAGUUUCCUUGUUAGCCGACGUUCUGGCUCACACACGCAUAGAAAACAGUGUCCCCCCUGAUGUGACAUCCUCCACUCCCCAGGAGAGAGGGUCUAGGGUUGACCUGCCUCCAGCGGUCAGGGGCAUGAGCCGUGGACAGAGCCGCUCCAGCAUUCUGGAUACUGCUGAUGGAAAAAGAAAAGGUGUGCCUGUCAAUAGCAGGGUGUCCACUAAGAUCCAGCAGCUGUUGAACACACUCAAACGGCCCAAAAGACCACCACUCAGUGAAUUCUUCCUCGACGACUCUGAGGAAAUUGUAGAAGUUCCUCAGCCGGAUCCCAACACCCCGAAGCCAGAGGGACGUCAAAUCAUCCCGGUAAAGGGGGAGCCCCUUGGAGUGGUCAGUAACUGGCCUCCUGCCCUGCAGGCUGCUCUGGCCCGCUGGGGGGCCACCCAGGCCAAGAGUCCUGCCCUCACUGCUCUAGAUAUCACUGGCAAACCCCUCUACACACUCACAUAUGGCAAACUAUGGAGUCGCAGUCUGAAGCUGGCCUAUACACUGCUGAAUAAACUGGGCACCAAGACUGAACCUGUCUUACAACCCGGAGACCGGGUGGCGCUGGUGUAUCCCAACAGUGACCCUGGCAUGUUCUGGGUGGCUUUUUAUGGCUGCCUUUUAGCUGAGGUCAUUCCUGUGCCUAUCGAGGUACCACUGUCACGACAGGACGCUGGCAGUCAGCAGAUCGGCUUCCUGUUGGGCAGCUGUGGUGUUAGUCUGGCGCUGACCAGUGAGGUGUGUCUCAAAGGGCUGCCCAAGACACCAAACGGAGAGAUCAUCCAGUUCAAAGGAUGGCCAAGGAUGAAAUGGGUUGUGACAGACACCAAGUACCUGACUAAACCAUCCAAAGACUGGCAGCCGCACAUCCCCACUGCCAACACAGACACCGCCUACAUAGAGUACAAAGCGAGUAAGGAGGGAACAGUGAUGGGAGUCGCCGUAUCCAAGAUCUCCAUGUUGACCCACUGUCAAGCUCUGACCCAGGCCUGUAACUACUGUGAAGGGGAGACACUGGUCAACGUGUUGGACUGCAAGAAGGAUAUGGGCUUAUGGCAUGGCGUCUUAACGAGUGUCAUGAACAGAAUCCACACCAUCACAGUGCCAUAUGCUGUCAUGAAAGCCUGUCCUAUGUCCUGGGUGCAGAGGGUCCACAUUCACAAAGCACGUGUGGCCUUGGUGAAGUGCCGUGACCUCCACUGGGCCAUGAUGGCCCACAAGGACCAGAGAGACACCAACUUGUCUUCUAUACGUAUGCUUAUUGUGGCUGAUGGAGCAAACCCAUGGUCUGUGUCGUCAUGUGAUGCCUUCCUGAAUGUGUUCCAGUCUCAUGGUCUGAAACCUGAGGUUAUUUGUCCAUGUGCCACUUCUCCUGAGGCCUUAACUGUGGCCAUACGCAGGCCUGGUGCACGAGGAGCUCCACUGCCAGCCAGAGCCAUCCUGUCCAUGGGCGGGCUGAGCCACGGCGUGAUCAGGGUGAACACAGAGGACAAAAACUCUGCUCUCACUGUUCAGGAUGUGGGCCACAUUAUGCCUGGAGCUCUGAUGUGCAUUGUGAAACCUGACGGACCGCCACAGCUUUGCAAGACAGAUGAAAUAGGAGAGAUUGUGAUUAACUCCCGGGCCGGAGGCACCAUGUACUAUGGCCUGCCUGGUGUCACCAAGAACACGUUUGAGGUGAUCCCUGUCAACCAAGCUGGAGCACCCAUAGGAGAAAUUCCCUUCAGUCGAACGGGUCUGCUGGGAUUUGUAGGACCGGGAAGUCUGGUGUUUGUUGUGGGGAAGAUUGAGGGGCUGCUGAUGGUGAGCGGGCGACGUCACAACGCAGACGACCUGGUGGCCACCGCGCUCGCAGUGGAACCUGUCAAAACAGUUUACAGGGGGAGGUGA